AUGCUCUCCGGGGCUCCGCCGCCGCCCGCCGGCUUCCCCAGCCCUCCGCCGCCGCAGCCGCCGCCGCCGCCGCCGCCCGCCGCUCCCCCGCACGGGCCGCCGCCGUUCCCGGGGAAGGGCGGCCUGCAGAUCCGGAAGAAUGCCAUCACGGACGACUACAAGGUCACCACGCAAGUGCUGGGGCUCGGCAUCAACGGGAAAGUUUUGGAGAUCUUCAGUAAGAAGAGCGGCGAGAAGUUCGCGCUCAAGAUGCUGCAGGACUGCCCCAAGGCUCGCAGGGAAGUGGAGCUGCACUGGCGAGCGUCGCAGUGCGCGCACAUCGUGCGCAUCAUGGACGUCUACGAGAACCUCUACCAGGGGAGGAAGUGUCUGCUCAUCGUCAUGGAGUGCUUGGAUGGCGGGGAGCUCUUCAGCCGGAUCCAGGACAGGGGAGACCAGGCCUUCACAGAACGGGAGGCUUCAGAAAUCAUGAAGAGCAUUGGGGAAGCCAUCCAGUACCUGCACUCCAUCAACAUCGCGCACCGGGAUGUGAAGCCGGAAAACCUCCUGUACACCUCCAAAAGACCCAACGCUGUGCUGAAACUCACUGACUUCGGCUUUGCCAAGGAAACCACCACGCACAACUCGCUGGCCACGCCGUGCUACACGCCCUACUACGUGGCCCCAGAAGUGUUGGGCCCAGAGAAGUACGACAAGUCCUGUGACAUGUGGUCCCUUGGUGUCAUCAUGUAUAUUCUGCUGUGUGGGUACCCCCCCUUCUACUCCAACCACGGCCUGGCCAUCUCUCCUGGCAUGAAGAAGCGGAUCCGAAUGGGCCAGUACGAGUUCCCCAAUCCUGAGUGGUCCGAGGUGUCAGAGGAAGUGAAGCAGCUGAUCAGAAACCUGCUGAAAACAGACCCGACCCAGCGCAUGACAAUAACCGAGUUCAUGAACCACCCCUGGAUCAUGCAAUCCAUGCAGGUGCCCCAGACCCCGCUGCACACCAGCCGUGUGCUGAAGGAGGAGAAGGACCUGUGGGAGGAUGUGAAGGAGGAGAUGACCAGUGCCCUGGCCACCAUGAGGGUGGACUACGAACAAAUCAAGAUCAAGAAAAUCGAGGAUUCCUCGAACCCUCUGCUGAUGAAGAGGAGGAAGAAAGCCAAUCCCCCCGAGCCCUCUGCGCUGCCCCACUGAGGCUGCUCGCCCGCCGGCCCUCCACAAAGCAAUAACUAUAUAUAUAUAUUUUUUAAGAAAAGAAAAGACAAAAAGAAACAGACUGUUCUAUCGAGCGCAUGGAAUUCAGACCUUUAUACCAGACUAGUUAUUUUUAGCUACUCACCUGUGUUUCUGACCUUGCUGGGGCAGGUGCUGAGAUUCCCCCCUCAGAUCCAUACCUGCAGCCAGGGAUUUUUGUCCUGUAUGUGAAUGCCACCAAUAAUUGGAUUUUUAUUUUUCUUUUGUGAAACAGUUUUCAUUUAUAUACAUAUAUAUAUUUUUCCCCAUCCUCCUUUCUUCCAAAGACAUGGAAACUCCUGUGGUGACCUUUUUAGGGUAUAUAACGUAUAAAUAUUUUUUAAAAACUACUGUAGAGCUGAAACCCAGACAGCAUGUUCC